GCGGCCCGCGGAGCGUCGGCGCGACCGGCCGCCCGUUUGGCGCCAUUCCGGACGUUGGGUGGCGCGUGCGAGGAGGUCGUGGCGCGCGCGCGUCGGAGGCUGGACCGAGUGACGCGCCAAGAUGGCAGCGCUAACGAGCCUGGCGCUGGUGGGAGCCGUGCCGAUGACGGCUGAGGAGUACGAUAGAUCACGACUGCUGCCGUUCGUCCAUCACCUGCUGAACAGCGAGAUUGUGCGGAGGGUGCUCAGCAACUGGACGCCGCCACCGCCCCCCGAGACAGCCGACGCCGCGACCUCUGUGACCGAGGCGGAGCUGGCGGUGGCGGCGGCCCGCGGUCGAAUCGGACCGCCGCCGGACCUGGUGACGUGUCACCAGGUACCGCCAGAGGUCACCGACUACCGGGGAGCCUCUGCCGGGGAGCCGACCCCCGCGCAGCUGCAGGUGCGCCUGGAGAGGCUACAGGUGGUGCGCCGGGCGGCCGGGAGGGACCGGUCCCCGGGGGAUGUCCUCCGCCACAGCCCGCCGCCGCCGCCCGGGCCCGACUGGGGAAUUUCUCUGACUCCGUGUCUGCAUGAGGACGCUGCGGAGGACGCGGAUGAUGAGGACUCGGAGGACCAGCAGGAGGGGGGUCGCGGAGGACGAUCGGCGCGGCGGACCGGCGUCGGUCGCGAGCUGGGCGCCGUCGCCGACCGGCUCGACGCUCAGAGGUCCCUAGGGACGCCGAACAACGCACAGAGCAGGCGACCGAAAACUCCCGAUGAAGUGACCGAGGUGCCGGGACUCACCGGUGGCAUAGCGUCGACCGCUGUCACUGCCUGCGGCCUGGCCGCCCUGGGCUUCCUCGUCCGGCAAAUGUCCUCCUCUGACAGCUAAGCUGUCUAGGACGCUCCUGAGGUGGCUGUCGCUGCUGAAGGGGGUUUAUGGCGGCGUUGAAGCUGAGGACGUUGCUGAGGUCGUUGGCAGCCGUAUCUGCCAAAGGUUGCGUGUUUUUUGGGCUGCUGCGGACGACAGCUUAUUGGACUACUGCAUGGAUCUCAUCAGAGGGCCAAGUCUCUGAGGGCUGUCCUUGUCAGGGGACUGGCUUAAGAAUGACGGGGCCUCUAAGGCCACCGUUCACUGCCUUGUGACCCGCAGGUCGGGCCACAUAUCGAACAUUGAUGAACUCCGCGCGGUGUUUUCGUUCAUUUGGUCAUGGAUGUAAAAUACAAUUCUCAUCCAUGAUAUUGCUGUGAAUAAUUGCUUUAUUUGAGCGAUAAGUGUGAGUGAUGUUGUGCGAUGUAUGCGAUGUUCACGUUCGAGCUUUCAAGCCAUCGGGUGUCGGUCGGAGGUUCGCUCAAGUCUGACUCGGGACGGAUGGCCUUUAGGGCAAGUGUCGCUGGCGGUAACUGCAUCCAGGCUUUAUGGCCAUCUUUAUUUGGGAGAAACAUCAUUCUUGUCUGACUCAGAUUCCUAUAUGCAUGUUCUCAAAAGUCAAAUACUCUUCUCACUGAACCCGACAGUGAACGUGAGGCCGUGUCUGUCUUAUUCCGCGCAUACUCGUACGAUAGUUUUGUGCGGUUACCGUAAGCCUGGUACGGGGGAGUGCUAGGACCAACUGUGAACGGCUGUCGAGGAAGGGGUGCUUCCGACUCCGGCUGAUUUGUAUACUCUUUCGUAUUGGUCUCAUCGUUGUGUUGUGCUCAUGUUUACACCGCAUUUUGUACUGUGUGGCGUGUUCGCUGAAAUACAUGUCGGCUUUCAGUGUUAA